AUGAGUAAUCCAAUUCAUUCCUCCCGCUUAUCCUGCAUCCAAAUCAAUCUUGCUCAUUCCCGACCUGCCCUGCUACAGCUUCAUGAGUUCUACACUCAUUCUCCCUUCGAUCUCGUUCUUUGCCAAGAACCAUAUAUCACUAAAGAUGUAAUUCCUUUCAUGAUUCAGUGGAUUUCAUUCUCCUCCCUCAACAACAAAGCAGUUAUUUUUAUUACCAACAAGAACAUCCAUCCGACAGUUAUUGCUGCUAAGCAGAAUUUCAUUGCUCUUUCCAUUUCCACGGAAAAAGGAGACAUUGUUUUUGUUUCUAUGUACAUCUCUCCAUCUGAGGACCCCAACCCUGCUCUUUUUGACUUGGAGAACUUUCUCCGCACUUACCGUCACCACAAAAUUCUCAUAGGUGGCGAUUUCAAUGGUAAAAACACUGUAUGGGGAAGUAAUUUGACGGACUCUCGUGGCCGCUUACUUUAUGAGCUUUUUACCAAGUACUCUAUUAUUGUCCUUAAUACGGACAACAAAAUUCCUACUUUCCUCUCUUACGACGAGACAAGAGAAGGUUUUCCCGAUCUUACUUGCUGCUCCCCUAAUCUACUCCAAGACAUUUCCAACUGGGAUAUUUUACCUGAUGACUCUCAAAGUGAUCACAGAUACAUUCGUACAAGAUUCGACUUUAAUCUCCUCACCAGCCCUUACAACCGAUUCAAAACUUCCCAUGGCCAUUAUCAAAAGUUUGGUAACCUCAUUCGUCAGUGGCUAUUAGCACACCCUUUCCACGUUGUUCACGAUAAAGCUUCCUUUAACAGAUUCAUGUCUGAAUUUAUUCCCUUUAUCCAAUCUUCAAUGAGUAAAUGCUUUAAGAAUAUCACCAUUAAAAACAACAACCUGAAACUUCACUGGUGGAACAGUGAGUUGAAGACUCAAAAAUCAAAAAUUAAAGCCCUUCGAAGACUGUACAACAGGGCACAGGAUCUCGAAAAGAAGGACAUCUUAAUCAAAAUCAAGAAAGAGAACGCAAACUACAGGAAGAAUAUUGUCAAUGCAAAACUUGAUGCAUGGAAGAAUUUCUGCGCUACCUGCAGAGCUCCUUACGGUAUGCCAUUCAGAAUUGCCUUUAGGCCUUCGUACAAGAUUUAA